CAUCUCGUCGCCGUCGCCGGCGGUUAAAUCAGCCGCGGGCUACUUCACACAUUCUCCUUUCCCACCGGUUUCCUGUCAUCUACUGCUCCGGCAUGCCUCGUCUCGUCGCGCCCGUCCAUGCGAUUCUCCGGUGCCUCUCCUUGCCCGUCUCCGGGCCUCUGCGAUACACGAUCUGCGUUCCGCCGCUCCGGUUCGCGUGCCCCCUCCUCGGGGCCACGAUUCCUCACCUCCAGCGAGCUCUCCAGUCUCCUCUCGCCUACUCACUAGUCACUACCCAUUGGCCGCCGCGACGCCGUCCGGGAGGUGCUCGGAUCACUCGUCGCCGGCCAACCUCGGGCUCCUCCUUGUUUGAUUGCGAGUUCGUGACGCGCUGAUCCGCUGCGUGGCUGCCGCGGUCUCGUCCGCGGCGCUCGGGUGCGCCCCGGCAACGACUCCUACACGCAAGUGAGGUGUUUGCUUUCUCAGAGGAAAAGAUUGCUAUACCCUAAUGCUGAACAAGGCACCUGCAUGCACAACUCUACUCUGAAUAAAGAUGCGUAAAACUUGCCAGCCCUCUUGUGCCUAGAUUUUGUUCCUUUGCUUCCGUGAGAUUGGAGAUGCUUAAUAUAUUCUCGUAUUGACAUGAAAAGACAACCGUACAUCCUGGUGGAUCUGUUGCGGUAGUCCAAGAGGAUUCAGAUGAAAGGUCCAAUGAAUGAAUAAAGUGGUUAUUCUGCUGAGAGCUCAGCACCUUUUAGCUCUUCCCAUCCGUCCUCCAGUUGCAUUGGUUAUUAUGUAUGAUUCAAGGAAUCAACUACAACUUUUAACACCUUUCUUCUGAGGUGUGAUGCUGUGGGAGUUUUCGAUAAAACUUCUUGUAUAUGAUAAUGCAACACAUGGGCUUGGUACUGGAGCACCUAGCGUACAGGUGUAUCAUGAGAAAUCUAUUAUCUUACCUGAUGUCUCGAGAGUGCUUGCAUGCCUCUAUGAGAAGGAUAUCAAGUUUGAAACUCACACUGCCUCUUACAAGAGCCUACUCAGACUGCAGGCAUCGUCACAUGCUCCAGUUCCAUUCUAUGAUGGGCCUACAUUUCUAGAAGAAUCCAGAGGAAUCUGCCGCUACAUAGCAGAAAAAUAUGAACAUCAAGGAGAUGCAUUCCUCCUUGGGAAGGAUGCCUUGGAGAGGGCUUCAGUUGAGCAAUGGCUCCACAAUGAGGAGCAUGCUUUCAACCCUCCGAGCCGGGCCUUGUACUGCCAUUUGGCCUUUCCCCCGGAUGAAGACGACGGCGAUGAUAUUGACAUGCAUACAAGAAAGAUAGAAGAAGUUCUGGAAGUUUACGAGCAAAGGCUCAGUGACAGCAGAUUCCUUGCUGGAAACAAGUUCACCCUUGCUGAUCUUGUUCACUUGCCAAACUCUCACUACAUCACCGCAUCUGACAAGUUUGCCUACCUGUAUGACUCGAGGAAAAAUGUGAGCAGGUGGUGGGAGGAGAUUUCUACUCGGAAGUCUUGGCAGCAAGUAUUGUGGGAUAUGAAGAGGGUGGAGGAGCAGAACAAACAAGAGGAACUGAAGAAGCAGCAACAGCAGCAGCAGAAAGAGCAUCCUAGAACCUCUGGCCACCCAAUUCGGAUAUACUCUAGACAGCAGAUCGGCACAGAACCUCUUGCAAUAUUGGUUCCUCCUGCUGAUACUGUGUCAUCAUCUUCCAUAGUUCCUCCCCUUCCUAUUGAUACUUUCCACAAUGAAGCACUGGUUUCUUCUAGCCAAAGCACUCCUACCGCUGAUAAAACUUCAGCUGUCCUAAGCAAGGAAACUACUGUCUUUAAUGCCCCUGAUGAAACACUACCAACCUCAGUUCAAAGUACUCCUACCACUUCUAUGAAACAACCUAUUACUGCCCAAAGCAUUAAAGAUGAUGCCUCCCAUACCACUGCCAAGAAGCCUCCAGUAGCUGAUGCUGCCAAGUCCAGUACUAAAGAUGCCUCAAUCCCUGAACCCACUGUAAAAGAUCUCCAUUCUAGACACAAGCCAAGUUCAUCUAAGGUUGUUUCUAAUAACCUUGAUGUGUUUGACUACUACCCAAGCCAUACUGAUGAAGAAACACCAUAUAUCAAACCUACUCCACGAAGAACUUCAGGAACAUCGGAUGCAUUCUCUGGGUCCAGCAUUGGCACUGGUCAUACUAAAACCAGUUCAAUAUCAGCCAAAGAAGAGCCUGACCAACCCAGUGUAUCUGAUUUCUACAGGAGUGACAGUGGAGCCACUGGUAUUGACUCUCAGUACAAAGAAUCAAUUCCAUAUUCUGGUCGUACUCCGCCAAAAUUUGAACCUGCAGAUACUUCUGCUAGCAAGCCCCAUACAACUGAUGUCCGUCGUAGGUUGCAGGCUGAGCAGUGGCAUACUGCUACAACUGGAUUAAAUGACCUAAAGCAAGAUGCUGAUCAUCUAAUGUCUACUCAACAAGGAAAACCAAGCAAAGAUUUGAAGCAGUACCCAUCACAAGAUUCAGAACAAGCAACCUCACAUCCUGUUCCUGAAGAGCCAAUGAGCAUCGAACUGGUUCAAAGGCGAGAAAAUAUAACUCUAAGACCCUACACUGACCAGAGAAGUCGAGGAAUUGUUGAGGAUAAAGCAUCUUCUGAUCAGAGAAGUGCAUUACUGCUCCCUUCUACACAAGAACAUGAUGCAACUCCAUCAAGGCUAGAAGCAGCUAAAGAUGCUCGAGGCAGAAUUCCAUCCCAAGCUGGGUAUCCAGGUGGUCAAGAUACCAACAAGCAACCUAGAGGCCCUGCUUCUGUACCAAGGCAAAGGGCAGCUCAAGAUGCUAGAGGCACGUUUGGUGAAUCGAAGGCUGCAGAUUCCACCAUAUCCAGUGAGAGUUUUCCAAAUGCUACUCAAUCUUCUCUCCCAAGGCAAGAUUUAGAUGGUGCUCGCCACACUACUGCACCAUUUCAAAAGAGAUAUUCUGGAAUGGAAGAUACCUCCAAGCAAGCUAAAGACAAAAUUUCUACUCCAUGGCAAAUGGUUGACAAAGACUCUGAAGAUACCACUCAAGACACAAAAAUUUCUGACUCUUCAUUAUCCCAAGUGCAACCUUCAUAUUUUCAGAGAGCUGAUGCUCCUUCAUGGAAGCAAGAAAUAACUGAAGAUCGUCAUAGUGCAACUUCAGCAAUCCAAGAAAAACAUGCUAAUGUUGAAGAUACCACUGGAAUAUCUAGGGACGUUGAUUUUAAGCUAGAUCAAACUAUUGGUCAAGAUGAUCAAGACACCUUCAAAGAAACAAAGUCUGGUGGCCCCUCAUUGCUUAGGGAUGAACAAUCAGACACUUGGCAAGCUGCUUCUACUUUACCAGAGCAAGAAUUAAACCAAGAUGGUCGCAGUGUGGCUCCACCAUCCCAAAGAAGAUAUCCAAGUUUGACUCGUCCAUCAAAAACAAGAUAUCAAAGUGCUAAGGAUGCCAGCAAGCAACCAAGAGGGACUGCUCCAACACCUAGGAAGAAAGCAGCCCAAGAUGAUAAUGGAACCUCUGAAGAAUCAAAUACUGCUGAUGAAGUAGCAUCAACCAAGCAGCCGUUAAAUGCCUGGAGAGCACCCAUUUCUCCACAAAUACAAGAGGUCAAAAAUUCUUCUAGGACAAAUACAUCAUUACCAAAGAGAUAUCUUGAUGAUGAUGAAGACCUGCAAGUUGCCGACACUGCUUCUGCAUCACGGCAAAUUGCACCUGAUGGUGAUAAUGAUAUAUUUGAUGAAACAAAACUUGUUGACUCUACAACAACAAGUGCAAAACCUUUGUACACACAGCAAGGUGCUCCUCUUCCAAGGCAAGCAGAAGUUGAAGAUGCUCCGGGCAAAGGCAGACAAAGUAGAGUAACCAUUCCUGAACCACAGAAAGUUGUGGCAAGAGAUGCUCGAGACACACAUGGAGAAAGGAAGACUGCUACACCUGAGCAUAAAACUCGUUUUGACUUUGGUGCAGAAAAUCCAUACAGAAAAGAUACUAUCGAUGACCAGAAAUUAGUGCCACCUCUGUUGAGCAAAGAACCAACCUCCCAGGUCCAACCUACCUCUGAAUCGUUACAAGAGGCAGCUUCCCGUGGAGGUUCGUCUACCAAACCAUCCAUCAUUGAACAAUGGCAGCGUGCAUCUGUGCCCUUAAAUGAUGUAACUUCUAGUUCUGGUGAUGAUAAGAUUGGCAUGGCUACCAUUGAUCAGAAGCUAACACCAGUGAGUCAACAAGCAACUCCCAGUGUCGAGGGCGUCAAUCAGAUGGCCAAAGAAUCUGGUGAGCAAAGGGUGGAACAGCAUGUACCAACAGAAGCAGAAACAUCUGGUGUUCAAAGUGCUUCAACAUCAUUCCCAGGAGCUUCCACAGCUCAUCAUGCCACUACUAAUGAUAAGUUUGCUAAGCAGUCGAUUAUUGAUGAAAGAGUUGGAGAACCAACAAAAAUGCAAGCAUCAGCUCCAGAUUUUGCUCCAGCACAUACCAAGAGAGCAACUCCUGAUGGUCAUGAAAUUGGUGAUCCAGAGCUUGUCAGCACACCUGAUGGACAAAUAUCAGAAGCUGCAAAAACUAGACAUGAUCAAGCCAUACUCCAGGAAGAUGUUCGUGAUGCCAAUUUGCGAACCCAUAAUGUGGCUAAAGAUACCUUCAAAGAAACAAAGGUUGCUGACUCUACACCAUCUAGUGCAAAACCUUUGUACACCCAACGACCUGCUCCUACUCCAAGGCACGCAGAACUGGAAGAUACCAGGGACGAAGGGAUAAAACGUAGAGAAACUGUUCCUGACCGACAAAAAAUGGUGGAAAGAAGGGCAGGUACAGGUGGAAAGCAACUUCCAGAUCGUCUGAAAGCAAUUCCUCCAUCAAGACAGGCAACAACUGAAGAUGCUCUUGGUGCAGCUGGUGAUUCAAUACAGUCUCCAGAUAUUCUUGAUACUUCCCAGAAAUCUAGGGGCAACUAUGAAGAAGCUAAAGGCCGUGGCUUAACGUUAUCGGAAGAAAAAUCUUUGGGUGCUCAAGAUGCUCAGCGCACCACUGGAGAAUCUACAACACCAACUGCUGGCCAAAGGAAGGACGUUUCAAUAAAACCUCAACCAGAUGUUCAAGAUGGUCUCAAAGAAUCCAAAUUAUCAGUUGCUGAUUGGAAUGGUUUGGGUUCAUUAUCAUCAGAGGGAAAAGAUGCAGUAAGAACUGAAACCACCAUUACUGGAGAAAAGCCAUUCUCAACGGAGCGGCGUAGGGAGACAAGCAAGAAGAGUGAAUCCACAACACCCAAGGCACGUCCUGCUGAUUCUCAGGGCUCUGUUAAGGAGCAGACAUCCUCUAUUUACCAGAAGAAGCCUCUGGUGGCACAAGACAGUCAGGAGCAAGCUCAAACCAUCCCAGUUGGUGAGAAAGCAGGUGGUUCUACACCGAAGCAUCAACAAGCUUCUGAUGCUCCAAAUACUCUUGAUGAGAAAUUAAAUGCUUCAGAACCAGCAAGAGCAAAAACUCAUGAUGACUUCAGUGCAGAAGAGCCAUAUGGAGAUGUCAGUACCGAUGACCAGAAAGUGGCACCACCUCUUUUGAGCGGAGAACUAACUUCCCAAGUCCAACCUCCCCCCGAACCAUCACAUGAUGCAGCUCUCCAUCACAUUGAUCAAUGGCAACAUGCAUCUGUGCCACUACAUGGUCAGAAGCCAACACCAAUGAAACAGCAAGAAUCUGGUGAGGAAAGAGUGGAACCACCUGUACCAAUAGAAGCAGAAAAAUCUGGUGUGCAACGUGCUUCACCACCAUUUCCAGGAGCAUCCGUGGAUGAUCAUGCCACUAUUGGUGAUAAGUUUGCCAAGCAGUCGAUUAUUGAUGAAAGAGUUGGGAAACCAAUACAAAUGCAAACAUCAAGUCCAGAUGCUCAUCCUGCUUCGGAACCUACUAAGAGAGCAACUCGUGAAGGUCAUGAAAUUGGUGAUUUAGAGCUUGUAAGCACACCUGAUGGCCAAAUAUCAGAAGCAACAAAAGCAAGAGAUGAUCCAGCCACAGUCCAUGAAGAUGUUCAUGACGUCAAUUUGUCAACUCAUGAUGUGGGUAAAGAUACCUUCAAGGAAACUAAGGUUGCUGAAUCUACACCAUCUAGUGCCAAACCUACGUAUACUCAGCAACCUGCUAUUACUCCAUCAAGGCAAAUACAUGUUGGAGAAGCUAGGGACAAAAGCAUGCAAAGUAGAGAAACUAUUCCUGAACAACAAAAAAUGGUGGAUAGAAAGACAGGGAUAUCUGGAGAGCAAUCAUCAGAUCGUCAGAAAGCAAUUCGUCCACCAAGACAGGUAGCAGCAGCUGAGGAUGCUCCAACCGGUGACACAAUACAGUCUCCAUACAUUCCUGACAGUUCCAAUGAAUCUAGAGGCACCUUUGAAGAAGCUAUAGGUCCUGGCUCUACAUUACCCAAAGCACAAGCUUUGGAUGCUCAAGAUUCUCAGCUCACCAGAGGAGAAUCUACAAUGCCAACUGUUGACCAAAGGAAGGACUGGAAAGAUGCAAACAAUGAUGAAGAAAAGUCAUUCUCAACAGAGCGCCUUAGGGAAAUGUUCCAGGAAAGCGAAUCCUCAACACCCAAGACACAGCCUACCGAUUCUCAGGGCUAUAGUAUGGUGGACAAAAUGUCCCCAGUUUACCAGAAGGGGCCUCUACCUGCACAAGAGAGCCAAGAGGAAGCUCAAAUCAUCCAAGCUGGUGAGAAAGUAGAUAGUUCUACCCCAGAGCAUCAAGAAUCUUCUGGUGCUCCAUACACUUAUGAUGAGAAAUUAAGUGCUUCUGCACCAGCCAGAGCAGAUAUUCGUGAUGAUCACAGUGCAGAAGAGCCAUAUAAAAAACACACCGCCGAUGAUCAGAAAGUGGCUUCACCUCUAUCAAGCAAAGAACCAUCAUCCCAAGUACAACCUCUCUCUGAACCAUUACAAAGAGCAGACCCUGAUGGAGAUUUGCCUAGUAAAUCAUUCACCAUUGAUCAAUGGCAACGCACAUCUGCUCCAUUACAUGGUGUAAAUACUGAUUCUGGCGAUGCUGAGGUGGCCAUGUCUUCUAACAAUGAUCAAAAGUCAACUCUCAGUUCACCUGUACCAAUCGGAGCAGGACUAUCUGAUGUUGGACGUACCGCGCCAUCACUUCCAGAAGCUGCCAGAGCUGAUGAUGCCACCGUCGAUGAUAAGUUUGCCAAGCAGUCCAAUAUUGAUGAAAGAGUGGGAUCACCAAAACAAAUGCAACAACCAAUUAAAGCUGUUCAUCCUGCUUCAGCAUCUACUAAGAGAACAACUCCUGAUGCUGAUGAAGCUGAUGAUUUAAAGCUUGUCAGGACACCUGAGCGCCGUAGAUUAGAGGCUGCAAAAGCUACACAAGAUCCAGCCAAAAUCCAUGAAGAUGUUCAUGAUGCCAGCUUGUCAACUCAUGAUGUGGCUAUUGAUGAAAAGACAGCAACAUAUCAUGCUAGUGGUGAUGAGCCCAUCACAGGAUAUGUACAUGAUCGACAGGCACGGCCACCUGCAUCAACUCAAGCACAGCCAACUGUUGAGACUCCACAUGACCCUGAUUCAUCCCAAUAUGUACAUACUGGUGACUCGCGAAAAAUUGAAUCGGGAAAACCAAUCAUAACUGAUCAAGAAGCAACAGCACCUAUACCUGGCUCAACAUCAAUGGAUCCCCAACGUGCUGGCACCUUGCCAGCUGAAGUGGCCCAUUCUGGACAGAGAUCCACUCUGUCAGAUAAAGGAUCAGCUCGUGCUGCACAACCUUUUUCCCCUGUUGAACCAAUAAAGGCAGACAAUAAUGUUUCUGCAGAUGAUUAUACUAAUGCACCGCAAAUGAUUUUUCGGCAACAAGCCAGACCAUCUGAACCGAGUACAAUAGGAAUUCCAGCCUCAGAUACCCAGGGUGUUAUACGGAAAAUCCAGGUAGUAACUCCUGAUGACCGCCCCACAGAUGAUUCAGAUGCUCCACAAGGUACUGAACCAGGUCAAGAUUCUGCUCAAUCUGUACAACCCCUUUUCUCUACUGAGCCAACAGAAGACAAUACUGUUGUUACCCCACCUGAUCAAACCAAGGACAUGGAGACAAUAACUCAUCAACAAGCCAUAACACCUGCUCCAGAAACAGCUAAAACUACAUUCCCAGGAGCAAAUCAAGAAGCGAUGGCGCCUAUAGCUGGCCCAACAUCAAUGGAUCCCCAACUUGCUGGCACCUUACCAGCUGAAGUAGCCCAUUCUGACCAGAAACCCACUCCAUCAGAUAAAGGAUCAGCUCGUGCUGCACUGCCUUUUUCCCCUGUUGAACCAAUAAAGGCAGACAGUAAUGUUUCUGCAGCUGAUUAUACUAAUGUACCACAAAUGGUUUUUCGGCAACAAGCCAGGCCAUCUGAAUCGAGUACAAUAGGAAUUCCAGCCUCAGAUACCCAGGGUGUUAUACGGAAAAUCCAGGAAGUAACUCCUGAUGACCGCCCCACAGAUGAUUCAGGAAAACCAUUUGUUCCAAGUGAAGAACAGGUUUCUUAUGCAUCACAAGCAAUCCCUAGUCAAGAAGAAAUGGCAUCUCUACCAGGCGCUACAGUUUCUCCAACCUCAGAUGCCCAAGUUGCCUCGUCAGAAGUUCAGGAAGUCAGUCCUGAUGAUCAACAGGCUGUCGAGUCAACUACUCCAUUGUUUUCAAGUGGAAAGCAAGGUUCUCAUGUCGAAUCUGCUUUUCGACCAGGUGAAGUAGGUGCUGGUGAAAAGAAAUUUGCCCCGUCAGAUCAAGAGUUAUCUCAUUCUGCCGAACAGCCAACCUCCAGUAAACCAAGUAAAGAACAAACGGUUGUUCCCACUGCUGAACAAAUCAAGGAACAGCCAACUAUCAUUGAUCAACAAAACACACCAUACACAAGAGAGCCUCGGACAUCAGAAGAUGCGCUUAAUACUACACCUACCCAUGGCAAUGUUCACCCUGCUGGUAGCACUGAACCAGACAGAAGACCUUUAUCAGUUCAAGGGGAAGAACCGAAAUUUGCAACUCAAGCUCCACCACCUCAUGUGGCCAACGACUCCCUAGACCCUGAAGAUAUAACUACUGACCAAGCGAUGGCACCUAUAAUGAGCCCAUCUGUACCUUCAGUUGCGCCCCUAGGUACCCUACCAGGUACAAAUUCAGUCCAACCACCACGGCAAGCUUCUAUGCCAUCUACAGUGGACUUAGAAUCUGUUCCAGAAACCCAGCAUGGUAUCCCAGAAGGCGAAGCUACCCCAGCUGAACAGAAAUUUGCUAUAUCUGAUAAAGAGCCGGCACAUACUUCAGAGCCGCCUUCCUCCGCAGAAUUAAGGAAAGAAGAGGCAAAUGCUGCUGCAGGUGAUCAACCAAAUGUACCACAAGGUCCAGAAACAACCAGUCGACAUCAAGUCAAGUCACCAUCACCAGAUGCAAGAGAAGCUUUACCGAAAGAUCAGCAACCCUCUCAUGCUGUGCUUCCUGAACAAACCACUUAUGCUGUACUUCCUUCUGACUUAUAUGACAGACCUACUCCUGAAGUGGACAGUAGUGUUGUUGAUAAGGAGACAACACUUUUAUCAAGCCAAGCACAAACUUCAGCUGCUGAGCCUGACUUAACACCGAUCAGUGGUGAUGUUUCGCCCACAAGUUCUCUACAGAAUCAAGACGCACAACCUCCUGUAACAACUCAAGCACCUACUACCCAAUCUCUACAAGGUUCUGCACCCACUCAGGAUGAUUCCUUCAGAAAAUUUGACCCACCAAGACAGGCCUCAACCGAUCAAGUCAUGGAACCAGUGACAAGCUCAGCAGCACCUUCAGAUGCUCCACAAGGUCAAGAUUCUGCUCAAUCUGUACAACCCCCUUUCUCUACUGAGCCAACAGAAGACAAUACUGUUGUUACCCCACCUGAUCAAACCAAGGACAUGGAGACAAUAACUCAUCCACAAGCCAUAACACCUGCUCCAGAAACAGCUAAAACUAUAUUCCCAGGAGCAAAUCAAGAAGCGAUGGCGCCUAUAGCUGGCCCAACAUCAAUGGAUCCCCAACUUGCUGGCACCUUAGCGGCUGAAGUAGCCCAUUCUGACCAGAAACCCACUCCAUCAGAUAAAGGAUCAGCUCGUGCUGCACAACCUGUUUCCCCUGUUGAACAAAAAAAGGCAGACAGUAAUGUUUCUUCAGCUGAUUAUUCUAAUGCGCCGCAAAUGGUUUUUCGGCAACAAGCCAGGCCAUCUGCACCGAGCACAAUAGGAAUUCCAGCCUCAGAUACCCAGGGUGUUAUAGGGAAAAUCCAGGAGGUAACUCCUGAUAAUCGCCGCACCGGUGAUUCAGGAAAACCAUUCGUUCCAAGUAAAGAACAGGUUUCACAUGCAUCACAAGCAAUCCCUGGUCAAGAAGAAAUGGCAUCUCUACCAGGCGCCAUAGUUUCUCCAACCUCAGAUGCCCAAGUUGCCUCGUCAGAAGUUCAGGAAGUCAGUCCUGAUGAUCAACAGGCUGCUUUUGGACCAGGUGAAGUAGGUGCUGCUGAAAAGAAAUUUGCCCCAUCAGACCAAGAGUUACCUCAUUCUGCUGAACAGCCUAUCUCCGGUAAACCAAUGAAAGAACAAAUGGGUAUUCCCACUGCUGAACAAAUCAAGGAACAGCCAACUAUGAUUGAUCAACAAAACACACCAUACACAAGGGAGCCUCGGACAUCAGAAGAUGUGCUUGAUACUACACCUUCCCAUGGUGAUGUCCACCCUACUAGCAUUGAACCAGACAGAAGACCUUUAUCAGUUCAAGGGGAAGAACCAAAAUCUGCAACUGAAGCACAUCCACCUCGUGUGGCUAAAGACUCCCUAGACACUGAAGCUAUAUCUACUAAUGCCUCUGUUCAGUCCUUGAAACCAUCGACAACUCUGGAUGCUCGUGGUGCUACUCAUGGUGAGUUAGCGGCUGCUGAACAGAAGUCUUCCCCGUCAGGUCAAGAUUCUGCAUAUCCUGCAAAGCCUCCUUCCUCUGCUGAGCCAAGGAGCAAAGAGGUUGGAGAUUUAGCUCCUUCCGCACACCUAAAUUCCACCACUGAAGCAAGAAAUGGAGAUGCUAUUGUUUCUGCACCUGAUCAAGCCAAGGACUCCCAAACAAUUCCUGGGCAACAAGUCAGAUUACCUGCACCAUCCUCUUAUACACAACAUCCUUCAGGGAAACGUCAGGAAGAUGAACCUGCUGACAAGUUGGGUGAGGCGAAGUCUUCCAAACCACCCUCUGUAUCAGUGCUGGACACACAGCAUGUUGCUGCACCAGAUCAAGUAGCAGUUGAUGAAGAAAAGGUUUCUCUGUCAGGCCACUACCCAGCACCAGCUCCAGGUACACAAUAUGGUACAGAACUACAUAAUGCAGAUGUUGAUGGACAAAAGCUUUCUCCAUCAGUUCAAGAUUCUGUCCAUUCUGUACAGCCAUCUUUAUCUACUGCACCAACAAAAGAAGACAGUGUUGCUGCUGCAACAGAUCAAACCAGCACACUGGAAAAAAUGAUUGAUCAAAAUGACACGACACCUGCUCCAGACAAAGCAAAGACUCCGUUCUUGGGAACUCCUGAUGCUUCAAGGGUAACUCAGAAAAGUACUGAUGAUGAUCACAUUGAUGAGAAACUUCCUGGCCAGGGGCAAGUUUCUCCUUCUAGACAUGUUUCUGAGUCACCUGAAGGGCACAGUGAUGAUGUUGAUAAGGGAACAACACCUGGAUCUAGCCGAGUAGAAACUUCAAACACUGAACCUGAUUCAACAGAAAUUGGCGGUGAUGCUCGUCUUAGCAGCGGCGAUGUGCCAGCAUCAACUUCUUUUCCAGAAACACAGGAUCUACAGGGCUCUGCAUAUGCCAAGAAUGUACCCGCUGAUUCAUUAGGAAAAUUCGAGUCAUCAGGACACCUCUCAACUGAUGAAGCCCUGGAACCUAGAAUGAGCCCAUCUGCACCUUCAGUUGCUCCCCUAGGUACCGUAUCAGAUAAAGAGCCAGCACAUACUUCGGAGCUGCCUUCCUCUGCUGAACCAAGGAAAGAAGAGGCAAAUGUUGCUGCAGGUGAUCAACCAAAUGUACGACGAGGUCCAGAAACAACUGGUCGACAUCAAAUCAAGGCACCAUCACCAGAUGCAAGAGAAGCUUUACGGAAAGAUCAGCAAGCCUCCCGUGAUGAUGAUCAUACCAGCAAUUUAGUGGACCCACUUGUUGUCACUGAAGAAAAAGCCUCUUAUGCUGGACGUGCUUCCGAAGGACCUAGUUCUGAAGUGAGCAGUGCUGUAGAUAAGAUGAUGACGCUUCCAUCUAACCAAGCACAAACUUCAAGCACUGGGCCUGAAUCAACACCAAUAAGUGGUGAUACCCGCCUUAGCAGUGAUGUGCCAGCCACAAGUUAUUUACAGAAUAAAGAGGCAGACAGCCCUGCGGCCACUCAAGUGCCAACUCCUAGGGCUCCACUAGAAUCUGCAUCUACCCAGAAUGUACUUUCAGAUGCUCCACAAGGUACUGAACCAGAUCAAGUAUCUCAUGCUUCAGAACCACCUUUCUCCGCUGAACCAAGUAACGAAGCCUCUUAUGCUGGUCGCGCUUCUGAAUCGCGUGAAGGGAGUCCUGUUGUUGAUGCAAAGACAACACUUCCAUCUAGGCAAGUACAAACUGCAAGCACUGGAUCUGAUUCAACACCAAUCAGUGGUGAUGUGCCAGACAGUAGUCCUCUACAGAACCAAGGGGCACAACCUUCUGCUGCAACUCAAGCACCAACUGUUCAGGCUGAAGGUUCUGCAUCCACGAAGAAUGAACUUGCUGAUUCUUUAGGAGAUAUUAAGUCACUGAGACAACUGCCAACUGAUGAAGUUGUGGCACCUAUGACAAGCUUUGCAGCACCUUCAGAUUCUCCACAAGGCACUGAACCAGGUACAAAUUCAGUUCAGCCUUCAGAAGAAGCUUCAUUUGAUUUUUCAAGUGAUGAGAAACCCACUAAGAGUCAAGGUGAUCAAGCUAAAACCCUACCAAAUGGCGAUCUCCCAACCAGUCAAGUAGUUGGGCAAUCUGAGAGUGCAGACUCCAAAGGAAUGGACUCCCUAAAGAACGUAGAAGGGGCAUCAACCGAUGAAAAUCCAAAGAUGCUACAGCAAAUUGAGCAAUUCAACGCUCGGUCAUAUAAAGAUAACAACAAAGAAGCUGAUGGCACAGUAAGAUCUUCAACAUUUGAGGAACCCCAAAAACAAUCUUCAUGGCCUAAGGGAAGCAUGGGAUCAAGUGAUGAACUGGGGAACCUACAACAAACUGACCAAGCUAUUGUUCAGUCACUAGAGGGCAAUGGCAACCAAGCUGAACAAACUAAAGCACAUGACACUGAAACUGGUGGGCCAGAAGACAUGAAAGCCCCAGAAAAUACCAAUCAGAAGAACAACAGAAUGUCUCAAGUGGAAACUUCAAAUCAUUCAGGAAAAGAAGCCUCAGGAGUUCAGCGGUUAGGCGAGAGCACAAGAGAUACUCCCAACUCAACCGAGGGUGCACCAGGUGAUGUCCAAGCAAUUGGUAAAUCCAAGGAAAGCUCAAGGUCUUCUGAAGAAUCCAAGGUGCAGCUACAGUCUGAUGACAAGACCGGUGAAACUGAGGAACCAAGCUCAGAAACCGGGCAACCUAGAGAAGGGGACCGUCCAGCAAAUAGCUACCAGAACAACAGUAGUCAAUCUCAGGCAGAAGCUUCAGAUAAAUCUGCCGAACAAUCUUAUCCUGGUACCCAGAAAAAGGACAGGGACUCCAGCAUACUGGAUGACUCAGCCGAUCCCAGCAGGCCUGGUGACAUGGAAGAUUAAGUUCCGGUAAACCGCUGUGCUAUAUAUGGCUCCUCUACCAACACAUUAUGCUGGAAUGCACUACUGAAUAAAGGCCAAGCUAGAGCAAGUGUUUUGUGAAUUUUUCAUCUGUUUUAACAUUUAUCUUAUUUUCUUUGCUUAUCCUUUAUGAUCGAAUAAGGUCAAAUUCUGUGACCAUCCUUGGGUUGAUGUCAGUGUAACUCUACAUGUAUGCUCUUUUGUUGUGCCUGUCCAAGCACAUUUUUACCCUGAUUUUCUGAACAAUGGCAAUGCGACGAUGUAUUCUUUUCUGUCAGCAUUUCUGUUUUCAACAGUCCAAUAAUCA